AUGAACAUGACGCCAAACGACCUGAGACAACAUGUGCUCCUGCCUAUACCGAGCUUCAAAGCCCACAAACGCCCAGAAGGCAGAGAAGACAUGCUUCGGACCAUCAUCCAGAAUAUAGAAACGCAACAGCAACAAGUCCGGUACGCGAACCCAAUCUAUUCUUCACUUCCUUCACCUCUCGCACUGAGCUUUUAUUAACCAACCGGAACAGGAACAACAUCAUCGCCGCAGGGGAAGCCCGCCUCAACGAACAAAAGGAACACCAGCAACGAGUCGCCGCCGCCGCCGCCGCCGUUUCUCGGCCUUCCUCGUCGGACUCUGCAGACGCAAUGGACCUCGACGUCACCACAGCCCCCCUUUCGGACGGCGAAAUCAUCCCUGCACAUCCCAAUGGCCACCACCACCACCACCACCACCACAACAACCCUUCAGACCACAACGGCAAAAAUUCCGGCAUCAAUCUCUUCCUCGCCAAUCUCAGCGCCCCAGUUCCAGAAAGUGGCAGAGAUCCCUGUGUUCCCGCCGACGGUUCUCUUCCACCUCCACCACCGGGGGUUCGGCAAGCUACGCCGCCGCUGGAGAUACAGGUGGCGAAGGAGACGCUCGAUCGGAUUGCGGAGUAUGAGCUGCAUUCCCAGCCGGCAAAGGAGCAUUACGAGAAAGCGCUGGAGCGGAUGCGGCGAGGCUCGACGGGAGUUCCGCCGAUCCAUCAUACAUCGAAUGCUCCUUCGUCCGGAGCGGGUCCACCGAGCGCGAGUAGCCAUGGUGCUGGCGGGUCUGUCGCAAACCCGAUCGACUCUGCUCGAGAUCCCAGAUGA